CGUCGAGGAGCAGAGUGUGAGUGGCUGCGCCGUUGUGUUGGGCCUCAGGAGAACAGUGUGUGCCUGUGUCUCGAGCAUCCUGCGUGGCCGUUGCCAGAAAGCAGCCUCCUGGAGAGCAGCAGAGCAGCAGGCUGUCUGCGCUAUGGCCGCUGAGCUGCAUUUCUCGCCCCCUGAGAUCCCUGAGCCCACGCUGAUGGAGAACGUGCUGCGCUACGGCCUCUUGUUUGGAGCCGUUUUCCAGCUUGUGUGCGUGUGGGCCAUAACCCUGCCAGUUCCCAAGUGCCCAGAGACAGACUCGGACGGCUUGGAGUCUAAGACUUGGGAGACGGUGAAGAAACCACAGGCAAGUGCUGCACAGCUAAGCAAGAAAGCCAAGAAGGAAAGCAAAAAGAAACGGUGAGGGCUUGAGCGCUAAGCCUCAAAGGCCAAAGGAAGCAGCUGGAAUGCUGGCUGAGAGGUGCUCCAAAGGCAGCGCACUGUACGUCUGGUUUUGUGGCGUGGCCGUGCUUUCCCUUGCCCGGACAUUGGAGAGGAACUGAGGAAGCUGGAAGGGCUUCUGAUGCGUGACCAACAAAUCGGACUUUGCCUGUGCGGGAUUUCAUGUGUGGCAAGAGCUGGGGACGCUGCAUUCCUUCAGGGUCCUUCAGCUCGAUAGCUGUUUCAGAAUGUUGAUGAUGAGGUGAACUUACCGCAUGUCGCUGGU